GCCAAUCUCUCCCUCUCUCCCUCUCUCUCUCUCUCUCCGAGGGUUGGCUUCAAAAAAGGGCCUGAUUUGGUGCUUGAACGGUGAUUGAAGACCAAGUUCUAGGAGCUAGUGCUAUCUCCUCAACAUCCUACUUUCUUGCCUUCUGGUUUUUGGUUUUCCUUGACUGAUUCUCUCAGGUUUCGUAUAACGCCAUCCGAUAAUCCUUCAGUUUCUCCAAGAAAAUAUCGCAGCAUGGGGGAGAUGACAGGCUUCCAGUUGGGUGUGGUUGGUGCUCUCUUUCUCUCAGUGGCAUCAUCUGUGUCCAUAGUCAUCUGCAACAAGGCUCUAAUGAGCAAUCUCGGCUUCCCUUUCGCCACAACUCUCACCAGUUGGCACCUGAUGGUAACAUUUUGCACACUACAUGCGGCUCAACGUUUGAACUUCUUCGAAACAAAGGCGAUUGACUUGAAGACCGUCAUGCUGUUUGGCAUUUUGAAUGGCAUUUCGAUCGGCCUUCUAAACUUGAGCCUCGGUUUCAACUCCGUCGGAUUCUACCAGAUGACAAAACUGGCGAUAAUACCGUUCACUGUACUCCUGGAAACUCUUUUCCUCAAAAAGCAGUUCAGCCAGAAAAUAAAAUUCUCUCUAUUUGUCUUGAUUUUUGGGGUGGGCAUUGCCUCCGUGACCGAUCUCCAACUCAAUUUUGUGGGGACAGUGCUCUCUGGUCUGGCCAUCGUCACGACCUGCAUCGGCCAAAUUUUGACAAACACCAUACAGAAGAAGCUCAACGUCUCCUCCACGCAGCUGUUGUACCAGUCAGCACCUUUCCAAGCAGCCAUUCUCUUUGUCUCAGGCCCUCUAGUGGAUCAAUGCCUCACCAAGCAAAAUGUCUUUGCUUAUAAGUACUCUCCCAUAGUCUUGGGUUUCAUCAUUCUUUCCUGCCUGAUAGCAGUGUCAGUGAACUUCAGCACAUUCUUGGUGAUUGGGAAGACAUCUCCUGUGACUUACCAAGUGCUGGGCCACCUCAAGACAUGCCUGGUCCUUGGCUUUGGCUACACAUUGUUGCACGACCCUUUCACAGAGAGGAACAUCAUCGGCAUCCUCGUUGCCAUGCUUGGGAUGGGAUUGUACUCUUUCUUCUGCACCCAAGAUAACAAGAAGAAGCAGUCAACAGAUCUCUCCAUUUCUCAGAUUAAAGAGAAGGAUACUGAACCGCUUCUUGAUGGGAAGGGCGGCUUGGGCUAUCAAGAUAAAGAAAGUCAAGAUGCCAAGAAAUCAAGCAGAGACUCCUUUGUCUGAGAUUCAGCAGAGAGCUGAAUGGAUUUUUUUGGCUUUUCAUGGGGUUCCUUUCCUCUUUCCCCUCCUCCUAAGACUUAAUUUCGAGUGUAAAUGGAUCUUAUCAAAGUGCAAUAAUAUUCUUUCCCACA